UAUUAUACAUAUUGAUUAUUGAGUUGGAUAAGCGUUAUACUACUUUCACUCACAAUAACUCCACCUGAUGUCAUAAAUAUAUAUUUUUUAUAUAGUAUUCUCAAAAAUAUAUAUUUAUAUAUAUAUUAUACUCAAUUGCAGUAUAUGUUCAUAUAUCAGAGCAAUUUUUAUUAAGCGAGCUAUUGCUCUUUCUGAAUAUGGAUUACCAGAAGAAGCUAAGCAACGAUCAUAUUCAACUUCACAUAGCAGUAUUCCCAUGGCUAGCUCAAGGCCACCUUAUUCCAUUUCUCCGAGUCUCCAACUUCUUAGCUCAUAAGGGUCACCGUAUUUCCUUCAUUUCCACCCCAAAAAACCUCCGUCGUCUCCCAAAUAAUUUCAUUCCCUCAAAUCUUUCCCAUCUCAUAACCUUAGUUGAGCUGCCUCUGCCACCUGUGGACGGCUUACCUGAUGGGGCUGAGUCAACCGCCGACUUACCCAUUCACAAAGUCCCUUUCCUCAAGAAAGCCUUCGACGAGCUCCAACCCGGCUUGACUCAGUUUCUGGAAGGCCAAGUCAUCAACUGGAUCGUGCACGACUUCGCUUGUUACUGGCUACCCCGAGUUGCGGGUCGACUCGGGAUCAAGUUGGCUUACUUUUCCAUAGUAAACGCCUCAACGAUGUCGUUUAUGGGACCACCGUCGGAACUGGUGAGUGGUUACCGCAGCCGGCCGGAGGACUUCACGGUGGUCCCUAAGUGGUGGAAGGAAAUGCCUUACGAGGUCACUUUUAAGUUGCACGAGAUGGAGUGUCACUGGGACUGCAUGGACUCCGAUGUGUCGGAUUUUCAGCGGUUAAAGGAGGUGGUUCAGGGCUGCCAUCUCCUAGUCACCCGGACUUGCCCCGAGUUCGAACCUGAAUCGCUGAGCCUUCUGAAGACUCUCUACAAGAAACCGGUUCUUCCGAUUGGGCUGUUGCCACCGUCUGAACCUCGAGAAGAUGGAGACGAGAGAUGGGAAGUUCUGAAACAGUGGCUAAAUCGCAAAAAAGAUAACUCGGUGGUUUAUAUUGCACUUGGUUCGGAGUUAAGUCUGGGUCAAGAAUCAAUGCACGAGUUAGCGAGUGGGAUAGAAAAAUCUGGGUUGCCGUUUAUUUGGGUGAUUAACGAUCGCCCGAUGGUAGAAGGAAGAUUGGGUUCGGAUAUAAUUCCAUCUGGUUUUGAAACCCGGGUGUCGGAUCGUGGUUUGGUAUGGAGGGGUUGGGCGCCCCAACUGGGGAUCUUGGCUUACCCAUCGAUUGGCGGGUUCUUGACUCAUUGCGGUUGGAGCUCAGUGAUCGAGGGACUCGGGUUCGGACGGGCGUUGAUUCUGUUUCCCGGUGGAAACUCAGAUAUCGGGUUGGUUGCGAGGCAGCUGCACAACAGGGGAAUUGGGUUGGAAAUUCCCCGAGAUGAUAGAAACGGGUCGUUUACUAGUGACUCCGUGGCUGAGACGAUUAGGCGAGUCAUGGUGGACAAGGAUGGAGAAGAGCUCAGAGCACAGGCACGUGGCAUGAGGGAUAUCUUCGGCAAUGUGGAAAUGCAGAACAAGCACUUGAACGAGUUUGCUGAGUUUCUUGUCAGGGGGACUUCCAGUGAAUUGUAAAUCUUGUCAAGUUUGUAAUAUAGUUAGUGGCUUUUUUUAUGUUUAUUUCCCCAUCAAUUUUAGGACUCAAAUCACCUGUAUAAUUUUUCUGUCCCAAACCCUGUCUGAUUUCAAAUUUUAUUAUUAGUUUAUCGGUGUUUUUGUUCCGUUAAUUUUUUUUUUCUUUAGUAAAUUAUGUCUAAAGUAUUUGAAUUUACUUCCUCUUUAUUUGAA